AUGGAAAAAACGCAGACGAACACCAACGAGGAUGUAGGGAAAUGGAGGAAAUGGGGCAUGUCAAUAAUCAUCAACAUGAUUCACAACGCCAAAAAUUUAUUCCCCCAAAAUAAUCUGCGGUAUACCUACAUAAACACAUUUAUGUUGUGUCUGUUCUUUACCUUUAUACAUAAAUACCUCGACCAGACUCUGCCCUCCUUGUACAAGUCCAUUGAAAAUGACUUCAACAUUGAUGUGAAAACUUUGUACUAUGUGAACAGCAUGUACAAGUUGGCCUACUCUGCCUUCAAUUUUUUUUUUGCGCUUUUUUUUGAUUAUUCUUUUAAGAAGAUAUUUUUCGUGAAGUAUGAGAAGGUGUGUGCGACGGAGGACGGCGCCAGCACGAUUGGCAACGGCAAUGGGAAGAGAAGCGACAGCACCAACAAGGACAGGGUUGGAGGGGUGGAUAGCGGUGUGAGUGACACCCAUUACGAAAUACAAUUCAAGGGUGAGGGCGCAAACAAGGCGACGCACCUAAACAGCAGCGUGAAGAUUGUGGAAGAGGAAAAAACACCUAAUGGGGGAAAAAAGAAACAUAAUAGCACGUACUUCAGCGACGAAGUUAUAUGGGGUGAAUACAGAUACACACUCAACAUCCUCGUUGUCUCCUCCAUCGUCUACGUCGUAGUCAUCUUGGGCAUCAUGCUGUCAAAUAAUCUUCUAUACUUUUUUUUUUUUAUGUUUAUUAUGGGCAUCAACAACUCAUGCAUAUACAUUUUGAUUCAGAAAAUUUACACCAAUAACGUUUUUAGUGAAAACCGAAGUACCAUUUUUGGCUUCCUUCAUUUUUUCUCCUCCCUUUCGCACAUGCUCUCCAUUUCGAUAAACACCAACCUGAGCAAUAAGUUCUACUUGGGAUUUAAUGGGUGGCGAAUAUGCUACUUCGUAAUAUCAUUCUUUCCGAUCUGCGUGUGUAUAUACCUGAUAGGAUUAAUCAAGCAGAAAAAAUUCCACCGCAGCAGAAGCAAAAAUUACAGCUUCAGUUACUUGGUCUCCUUCGACAAUAUGACGGAUGUCUGUCAGGAGAGCGAGAAGGAGGGUAAUUACUGCAAAAGGGAAAACGACAAAUUGGAGGGUCUCCACGGUGCAAGUAAGGAGAGGCGAGAGGAGAAGAAAAAGAAGAAGAGGGAGGAGAAGCAGCAGCAGGGGGAAGAAAUUUUACUUUUUAACGCAGAGGAGGAUAAAGACUCUAUGAAGGGCAAUUGUAGGGAAUCCAGUGAAGAGGUGGAGGAGGUGCAGAAUCAGGAGCAGAUGCUUCAUUCGGAGGAGGGAGAUCAACAGCUACCCUUUCGAAUGAGCAAAAGUUACGACAACACGUAUGUGCUACAUAGGGAACGGCUGGCCAAUAUAUCCAAAACGAGCGACGGCACAGCCUCCUUACAUAAUUCAACAAAGUUGGGUGUAAGACACAGCGCAAGCACGAGUGAUGAUUUUAACACCAUUAGUUUAAUAUCGACCAACGACAGGAUAAAGAGUAAUCUUAUUAAGCGAUCCUUUUGCCACAUGGCUACGAAAAAAGCCAGUCCCCAGAAGGGUGCCGCGCUAAAUGUAGACGCGAAUAGGAGUAGCAGCGGGGAAAGUGCAGUUAGCAGGGAGGGGGACUACACCACCCCAGGAAACGGAAACUAUUCCAAACAGGGAAAGAAACAUGUGAAAGAUUCGAAGAAGAAGAAGAAAAAAAAAAACUCGCUGGAAGAUGAUACGAAUGAAACCACAUGGAAGGGAACAACAACCUCCUCCUCCAUUUUUGCAAAGCCAAAUGAAGAAAGAGAAAAGUAUGAACACAGAGACGAAUUGAACAAUCUACUAGAAGAAGAUGAAAAGGAGAAAGAUAAAAAGUUGAAGUAUGAAUUUUCAUACCUAUACGAAAUUAAAUAUGUUUUUAAAAAUUACAGCUUCUGGCUGAUGAUCACAAUGGGAAUGUUAAAUGGAAUCCCAAAACAUGUGCUAAGUUUAAUGAUUUAUUUUUUUCAGUACUGUAAUAUAUCGGAUUUCCGAAGUGGCCUGAUUAUCUCCCUAAGUUGGCUGUGUGCCAGCUUAAUUUCUCCCUUCAUUGGGAUUAUCAGUGACUAUAUUUAUAAAUUGAACAAAGACAUAAAUCGCCAACGGAUAGGAAUGUGUACACAUUGCUUAAGGAUCAUCUUAAUGUUCACGAUGUUUUUUUUUGUGCCGAAGGAAGCAGAUUCUUUUAUCUACUUUGUUAUCAUUUCUCUCUUUAUGGGUAUUUUAAGUGGGUGGAUAAAUAUAGGCACACAUAAGCCCAUCAUAAUUGACAUUGUCAAACAGAGACACACUGCUUUCGUCAUGGCGUUGAUGAGUGCUUUUGAGAACAUCGGCUCUUCCAUCAUCGGCACUUUCUUUCUCUCCUUCCUUCUCAACCAAUAUAACUACAUCGACAAGAGGAAGCUCAACAGCUUCCACGCGAAUGUCAACAAUGUGGAUGCCCAUGUCAACAGCGUGCACGUCAAUGUCAACAAACACAACGUCCACGUUUUGUCCGACGUGUUGUUAAUCCUGACGUGCUUCCCCUGGUUAAUAUCCUUUUGCCUCCUCUACGUGCUGAAGUUUACCUACAAGAAGGAUAAGCUGUACAACAAUUUGUUUUAG